AUUGAACCUUUAUCUACUGAUAAGGAUAGAGGCCAAUAUAAUUCUUAUCUUACUAGGACUACUGAAAAAUGGCGUCCAUAACCAAAUGGAUUGGUCUUUUUGUCCUCAUUGGUUGUGCAGACGCUUGUCUGGAUGGUUGGAUAAAACAUGGUGAUGAAUGCUUCCUGUUCAGUCAUAACCAGAUCACGUGGACGGAAGCCAUGGAUAUGUGUCAAUUUUUCGACAGUAAAUUAGCAGAACCACAAACAGCAGAGUUGGACGGAUUCAUUGGUAAACAAGCUGUUAAGAACCACCGUAAGUACUGGCUGGGUGGCACGGACAUAAUGCAUGAGGGCCAUUGGAUUUGGAUGUCAAAUUUAGAGGCUAUAACGUAUACUAAUUGGCAUGCACCGGAUCCUAACAACGGUAACCAAGGAGAGGAUUGUUUGCUGAGCAAUUGGUUUGGAAUAGGAGGUUGGGCAGAUGGUGAAUGCGAAUGGAAAGAAUAUUACAUCUGUCAACGAAUGGACGAAUCUGUGGGUUCCGGUAUCAUUGGAUAAAAAGUCCUUAGGGUACUGUGUUGCUGUAAUAGUAGAAGCGAAGGAUACAUAUAACCUUACAUUUUAUUAUUCUCUUUCUGUGUCUGAUUUCAUCUAAUAAAGAACAGUUGUGUUAAAACAAGA